AUGAAUGGAAACAACAAUUGGGACAAAUUUGCGGAAACCAUGCGCCAAAGGGCACAGCAAAUGACCAACACUUCAGGAGGAAGAAACCCAAGAUCACCAAAAGGUAUUUUUGCUGGUGUUGGUGGUUUGAUAUUUCUUGGAAUAUCCAUCUGGGCGGCCAAUGAAUCCCUAUAUAAUGUGAAUGGUGGUGAAAGAGCUGUGAUAUAUGACAGAUUUAAAGGUAUUCUGCCUACUGUUGUGAGCGAAGGCACGCAUAUAAAGAUUCCGUUCCUUCAAUUUCCAUAUAUAUACGAUAUCCGUGCCAAGCCAAGGACAAUUUCCUCAUUAACGGGAACUAAGGAUUUACAGAUGGUGAAUAUAUCUUGCAGAGUGUUAUCGAGACCUCAAGUUUCUUCUUUGCCUACUAUUCACAGGACGCUUGGUAAGGAUUAUGAUGAGAGAGUUCUUCCAUCCGUUGUCAAUGAAGUGUUAAAGGCGGUUGUUGCUCAAUUCAAUGCUGCACAGUUGAUCACACAGCGUGAGAAAGUCUCCAGGCUUGUUCGGGAGAAUUUAGUGAGACGUGCUGGUCAUUUCAAUGUCUUGCUAGAUGAUGUUUCACUUACUGCAAUGACCUUCUCCCCUGAAUUCUCUUCAGCUGUGGAGGCUAAGCAGAUUGCUCAGCAAGAUGCUCAAAGAGCUGCAUAUGUUGUUGACAAAGCAAUUCAAGAAAAGCAAUCUCUGGUGGUCAAGGCUCAGGGUGAAGCUAAAUCGGCUCAAUUGAUUGGUGAUGCUAUCAAGAAAUCUAAAGAUUACGUUGAGUUGAAGAGAUUAGAAACUGCCAAGGAAAUUGCUGAAACUUUAUCCAGAUCUCCAAAUAAGGUUUACUUGGACAACGAAGCUUUGCUUUUGGAUACUGUUACGGAUGCACGUAAUAUAAAAUAA